CCAGCCCGGCGGCCGGCGGGAGACGCGGCGGCAGCAUGACGGUGGGCGCCCGGCUGCGCGGCGGGGCGCGCAGGCUCCGGGGCCGCGGCCCGGCCGAGGACGAGGCGGCGAUCCUGGAGCUGGCCGAGUGCGGGGACGAGGCGGCGGGCGCGGCUGGCCGGGGGGCGCGCGGCGCGCGGGGGCUGCCUCUGGCCGCGCGGCCGGAGCGCUACGAGCCGCUGGACGAGCCGGCGCCCGCGGGCAAGCCCCGGAGGCGCUACCGGCAGAAGCUGAAGAAGUACGGCAAGAACUUCGGGAAGGUCAUCAGCAAAGGCUGCCGCUAUGUGGUCCUUGGCCUGCAGGGCUUUGCUGCUGCCUACUCGGCCCCCUUCGGCGUGGCCACCAGCGUGGUAUCCUUCGUCCGCUAGUGGGAGCGGUGGGGGCCGGUGCCGCUGCAGGGCUGGGGCCUCAGCUCUGGGAGGCACGAAGCCAGAAACAUUUUCUCUCUUGUCCUCAAACCCCCAAUUUUCUUGGAAUAAGCCAAAUGAUGCCUUUCUCUGUCGUGGUGGAUCCGUGCUGUGGGCAGGCUGCCCUGGCCGCUACUGACCUCUCCGUCGUGGCUCUAGACACUGUGUUGGUCUGCUGGAAGCAGCUGUCCAUGGACUAGGGCCGAGGUAGGGGCCAACCCCAGGGUAGGGAAGCUCUGGAGGGCCAUCGCCGUGAUGACAGUGGGGGGAAGGAGCAAGCCUGAGUCCAGGCAUGUUCUCCAGGCCAGGCUGCUCCUGCCUGAGGCUGUCUGGUUGCUCCCACAGUGAGGAGAGUGCGUUCUAGAAUGUUCUGUUCUGCCUCUCUCCAGCCCUUCUCACCGGGAGGCUGCAUACAGGCAGCAGAGGUUGAAGAAGGUGCAUUUCUGAGUGUGGCAAGUGACAGCCAUGCUCCUGCAGUGCCGUGGCAGGGGGUGCAGCCCAGGGCUGGGGAGCCCAGGCUCACCCCCGCUGUGUUUCGACCCAGAGCUGGGUCACCUCCCGUCUCUGCUGGUUGCCUGGUACCAACGGCUGCACGAGGGAGAAGGAGCCAGAGGAGCCAGAGCACCUGGCCUGUGGCUGAGAGAGAGGAGA